UCCGUCUGCCAGGUCGAGGGGGAAUGUGAAAGUGAGAAAUUUAACAAGCUAAGCGGGAAACGGAGCAGCCAGAGCGACGUCCAAUCAGAUGGAGCGUCAGCAGCCGUAACUUUGUUUGACGGAGUUUUGUGGCAAAAGCUUGUCAGGCUAUCACCAGGGGUUGGAAGUGAAAAAGAGCCGUACUGCGUCCUGUCUCUGUAGUGGAGUGUGGAAAGUCUUUCGUGGACGAUACAAUGAGAGAAGAGGUUUCCUGCACCAACUCCCCUGAAGGAGGGCUGGGGGCUAGUGAAGAGGAACUGGAGAGGGGGUCGAAGAAGAGCCACCAAUCAGGGAACCGCAAACGCUCCCCGUAUCCCAAGAAGGACAGUCUCAGUCAGGCCGAGGAGAGCAGCACCGGCAGCCCCAACAGCCUGCUCCCCACCAACCCAAAGAGGGUGAAGAAAAGCCCCACGACUGUCGUGUCGCUGGCGCCCACGCCGCUGGGCCCAAGGCCGGACCAGCCCUUUGAGGACCUCCACUCUCAGCGCGUUAUAGCCAACGUGCGGGAGCGUCAACGCACUCAGUCACUGAACGAUGCCUUCGCAUCUCUACGCAAGAUCAUCCCCACGUUACCCUCCGACAAGCUGAGCAAGAUCCAGAUCCUGAAGCUGGCCUCGCGCUACAUCGACUUCCUCUACCAGGUGCUGCAGAGCGACGAGAUGGACGCCAAGCUGGCCAGCUGCAACUACCUGGCCCACGAGAGACUCAGCUAUGCCUUCUCCGUCUGGAGGAUGGAAGGGGCCUGGGCUAUGUCCACCAGCCACUAGGACCCCCUCGAACUUUUCUCCUACAUCCUCUCGUGUCCACAUCUCCACCCCACCGCCUCUGUCUCUGUUUGCGCCCAUUUCCUGACCCCUGAACCUCUGAAUUCAAGCCCUCUGGUCCGAUCUUAACCUUUUCAUCUCCAACCUUUGCAUUCAUUUCUCAUCCUGCUCAGUCUCUGUGCUCCAUGAUGCUUCACUCCAUUAACAAUCACCAGCACAUUCUCUAACAUCCACAGCUGGAUAUGUGCAACUAAAACCUGUCGUAGUUCACCCUGUUCCUCUGCAUUGUUUCCACUUCCACUCUUCUCCCCUCUCAUUGCCACAGUUUGGUCCAGUGCAACAAGAGGCUCCACUGCUGCCCCUCAGAAAACCCACAAACGGAAAAUUCUCUCAACAUUUGUUCCCGCUUCACCAGCCAUCCCCCUCUUUUUUAUCUUUCAUUUUUUUCUUCUUCUUUCUCUGGACACAUGCUCGACUUAUGACGCUGACGAUGACGUUUCCAUGGCAGCAGUGUUUUUGAAACACUGGCGAGGAGACACGACAGUCGAGCACUGAACAUUUUGACGGAUGAAAACAAACAAAGAAACAAACAGCUGGCCUGCGGUGACAAUGAAACAAAAUGGCUGCUGGUUCGAGUGCCUUUGGGUAACACCGUGAUAACCAUCGUCCACAACGGACAACUCACUGCCAGACAAGACAUUCGGAUGACUAAGGAUGAUGGCACAGUGAUGGUUAGAGGGCGGUCACAGCCAAUGAAUGUUUACAGCUAAAAUGCUAAUAAGCUAGACGCUCUGGCUCUCAAAGCCCCAAAGCCUUGUGGGAAAAGGAAGAGCAGGAGGAAUCGGACGCAGAUCUUCUCCUCUGUUGUGCUGUAGUAACUGGAUAGCUUUCUGUGUUUUUUUUUUGUAAUGAUUUUAAGUGUAUCUGUUUGUGAACUCUGGUGUACGCACACUGUAUCACUUCAACUCUGCUUGUGCAUUAUACUUAAAUGAAAAAUGUCCACAUGAAAACCACUGAUCCCAGUUCAGCCACUCCUCCACAUCUGUUUAUGUUAACCUCAGUGUUUCUGUUAAAAAGGGAAAAGUAAGUGUUUGUCUGCUUUUUGCUGCAGCUUUAAAAUCUCUUUGCAAACUCGCUGUGACUAUUUUCAAUAAAGGAUGUAAAAAAGAAAAAAAGAAAAAGGAAAUCAGAGCAUUUCUUGUAAAAUGUGCCGAAGUGAUGAGGUGAUUACAGCCACAAUAUAAAG